AUGACGGCGAUUGCGAAGAACAAUGCGUUCGGAGCAGGCAGUCCCAGUUGGAACCUCUCCUUCCCUGAAGGCAAUCUUACAGCUUCCGAGAUCCUCGCGUACCUUCCACACUGGCUAAAGUCGGUGGAUGUCAUCCUCAGGCUCGUCAAUCAUGGCGGCAGGUCUGUCACGAUCACCCACUUGCUUAACAAGUUCAGAGUCAUGCCUACCAAUGACUACCAACCCAACUCUACGACCGUCAUGAUGCACUACGCCAUGCGUCGUGCUGGCAAGGCAGACUGGACGAUUGGCACACGUGGCGAGUUCGACAAUAAUCGUGAGUAUGAUGAGAACAGCUUGUAUGUGGGCGAUUUCAGGCCACCGCGCCUGACUCACCCCAAGAGCGCUUCCACCAAGCAGAACGCGAAGAAGGAGAACCUGGCACGCAACCAGGCAGCUGACCCUAUCCCGUUCAAAGACCUCGCCCUUCAUGUGCAGGAGCACCCUUCAGGUGACGACGCGCUUGACCUUACUCGUUGUGUCGACUACGCUCUCAAGCAUCCAAUGGAGAAGUGGCUCUUCCCUACCGACUUCAGAAAGUUAGUGAAGCACAUUGGAGGCCCGCUCCCCGUCACUCACUCUCACCUCGACAAACAGCUCUUUGCGCGCUACGACCCUCUGUUCGCCGCCCACGGUCCCACACGAGCCCCCGCCAAGUACAACAAGAAGUCAAAGGCCAAGCGCAGGGCCGACUCUGACACCGACUCGGACAGCGACAGCGACAGCGACAGCAGCAGCGAGACUGGAGUUGAGGUCAAGCCCAAGGCCACGGCCAAGAAGACCAGCAAGAAAGCUGCCACCAAAGUCAACAAGCCCAUCAAGAGGGUUAUGCGCCAGGCACGAGACAGCGUAAUGGCAGGCACUGCCUCGCCCACACUUGGAAAGCGAGUUCUUGGCCAAGUCGACGGCAGUCACGAUGAUGGCGGUGGUAACAGGAGGAGCAGCCGACGUGUCAAGAAGGCGCCAGAUUACGUGGAGAAGGAUGAGGAUGCUACGGACAUCGAGUCUUUCGACGCAGACUACAUCACUUCCCGCAAGAAGCGCAAGCUCUUACGCAUCUCGCUCACCCCCAAAGUAGAGGAGAGCGACUUCGAAGCCAAGGAAGAGCCCGAAACCGACGACGAGAUCCUACCUGCCAUCAAUGAAGCCGCCGACGACUCAGACUUCGGCACGCCCACUGCCGCACGUGGCAAGCGCCUCGCGUCCCGCAAAGCGCGUCAGACCAUCAAGGAGCAGUCCCCCGCCGUCCUCAUGGAGCAGUUCCGCGCCGCCGCUGCAGCCGCAAAGCCCGCGCACAAGACCUUCAUGGAGCACAGCCCCGAGAUGAUGGCUGCAGCCCGCGCAUACGCGACUCGCACACCCGUCUUCCUCCCACCUCCCGUCCUCUCUGCAAACCGUAUGGUCAUCGACCCGUACACGGUGUACCUCUACGCCCAGGAUGGCUGCCGCAACGAAGACGAACUCUGGGCUUCUGCGCUGUCGAUGUACCGCUUUGGAGGUCCGCGUCGCCACGCCCCGUUUCGUGAGUUGUAUCGUCUGACUGAGCCGAUGGAAUGGGACACGAGUGAGUGGGCGGAGAAUGUCAGGUGGGCUAAGGAGCAGUACAAGUACUUUGGUGUCGAGAGCUGGACUGAGUAUGAUAAUCAUCUUGAGUGUAUUACUAGGUGGAGGAUGCAGGCGCUGUGGGUUAGUGAGGAGGUUGUUAGGGCGGGCAUGUACUGA